GUCUUCUGAACAACAGCUUGCGUGUUUAAUUUUUCAACUCAACGCUAUCUUUGCAUAUCGUUCACAAGUUGCUGCGAAACGUUUUGCGCAUUAUAGCCAAAUAUGGGGACGAUACCGAAAGGAACUAAAUACAUCAAAACGAUUCUCUUUUUCUUGAAGAUAGCUGAAUUUGCUGUACUCUUGAUUGCAAUAAGUACAUUGGGAGCAUUUUUAGACAACUUAGGUUCUACCAUCAGCCUUUGGGGAGGAAAAGGUAGCUUAUAUUUUGGAAUGUUUGCAAUUAUCGUCUCAUGGAUUGUUGUCAUGGUAAUGGUCGUUUUUUUCGUAACUGGAUUGCAUGAAAAAGUCACUGUGAUUAACUGGCCAUUGACGGUAUUCAUCAACAUGGUGCUAUGGGGUGUAAUGCUGUUAAUAGCCUGUGGUGUUAUGUCCAACACUCUUCGAAAAUAUUACAGCAAGAAGAUCUCUAAUACAAUAUGUAAUUCCCUGGGCACUGAUAAAGUCGGUGUAACAUGCUUUCAUCUUGUUAGGGCUACGGUUUGAUGUUUCAUUGCAACCAUUAUUUUUGCAGUCGAUGCAAACUUAAACUAUCAUUUAUUCAAAAGCAAAACUUGUACGACGACGCCAGUGACAUUAAUUAUAUAAUCAGUUGAAACUGUAGCUAUUUUUGUCACCGAUUUUACUUAAAACUGUACUUCUGUUAAAUAAAUGAAGCAAAAAAACUGAGUUUUAACUGAUUGUUU